AUGGUAUCCAGUGAAUACUUGGGUGGCACCACUGGCGUGUCUGCGUUGACUCUUCCCGGGGUGUCCAUUACUACAGGCGUUGCGAAGGAAGCAGCCGCUGCUGUUGUAGAUGCGGAAGAGACAAACCCCUCGCUGCCGCAGAAUUGGUCAAGCACGCGGAAAUGGCUUAUCUUGAUCCUCUUAUCCCUGAUGUCCCUUAUAGUCAAUAUGUCCCUGGUUAUCUGCUCGCCCGCGAGUUCGGCCCUCACCCAAGAAUUUAACAAUUACGACGGCUUUCUGUCAGUUUUCUACAUCACGGUUCCAAACGUCGGUGAAGUCAUCGCUCCCCUCUACAUCGGCCCGUUGUCCGAGCGUCUCGGGCGCGUGCCCGUCUGUCAUUUCUUUAAUCUCUCGUUCCUUAUCUUCACUCUGAUUGCAGGCUUCAGCAACAGCUUUGCUAUGCUUAUUGUGUUCCGGUUCCUCGCCGGCGCGUCCGUCUCGUCUAUUUGCCUGAACCCGGCCAUCACGGGCGAUCUGUUUACGAUAAAGGAGCGCGGAUCAGCUAUGUCGCUCACGAGUUUAAUCCCGAUCCUUGGCAGCGCUGUGGGUCCCAUUGCUGGAGGUUACAUCACGCAGUACCUUAGUUGGCGCUGGACGUUCUGGCUGAUAGCCAUUAUCACUGCUGUUCUGUCGCUUAUUAUGGGGGUUGUACUGAAGGAGUCGUAUGCGCCAGUGAUACGUCGAAAGAUGCUUAAAAGUACGAGCUUUGACGAGGAAGAUAUCAGGCCGUCACCGAAAUACUUCACAGGUUGGAACGCGGCAACGGUCAAGGCGCUUGCUCUGCUCGCGGUGCGCCCGUUUAUUAUCUUAAGCAAAUCCCGAAUUGCAGUGCUUAUGGGAAUUUAUCUGGCACUCCUAUUUGCCUUUAUUUCCCUCCUUGCCGCGACCAUUGCGACAGUUUUCCAAGACGCCUAUGGCUUCUCGGAGAGCCAAUCGGGCCUUAUCUACAUUGCCAUGACUAUUGGCACACUUAGCGGCGCUCUAAUGUGUCGCUUUACGCUUGAUUACUUCCUGCUGCGGGGUCUGCCAUACAAAAAGUCCGAUAAUGAUAGCACACCACGCCCCGAAAACCGCCUCAUCCCGAUCAUACCCGCCAUGAUCGCCUUCCCUUUCGGCCUGCUCUUGUACGGCUGGUCUUUCGAGAGACGCUUUCACUGGAUCGUGCCUACCCUCGCGACCGUGCUCUGUGGGUUUUCGUUGUCGAGUAGUACCACUCCGAUCAUGAAUUAUCUGGUGGAUAUCUUCGGUGACCGCUCGGCCUCUGCCGUCGCUGCUGUACUGCCUCUACGCUACAUCGGCGGUGCCUUUAUACCUGUGGCUGCUCCAUACAUGUACUCUCGGAUCGGCUACGGCUGGGGCAAUUCAUUGCUGGCCUUCGUGCUUCUGAUUGCCGUGCCUGCACCAUUAUUUGUGAUUGUUCAGCCGCGGAGGAUGAGGGUCCUGACGGGCGUUGCGGAGUGA